AUUCCUCGUGGGAAUUCAAUUUCUUCCAAAGUUUGUAUUUUGCUUUAACCUUCCAUAUAUUGGUAUAAACAGAAGCAAUAGAAAGUUUUUGGCAUCGGUGAAGGCGCCGUCACUGAAAAGAAGCGAUACUCGUCCGAGGAUAAGCGAUAUGGUCGAAGAGGACAAAGUCACCGACAUCAAGCAGUCCGUCAAUAACAUGUGGAAUGGCGUGAAACGAGUAGGGAUUGCCCCUCUUCUCCUCACUUUCGGUAUCGGCUACCGCGUCGGUAUCCAUGCUACUAGAGCUACUCUGCAACGGACGGUGUCAUCUUCGGGUACUAUAGCCACCAAGUCGAAUCCACCAUACGUACUGGCCGCCGUGCUAGUCGCCUUUGCGGCACGUGAGCUCUGGAAAACUUUUCCAGACUGGAUCAAGCGACAAAUUCCAUAUCUAAAAAGAAGGUACAAAGUAGAGGAAGUCGAUUUUGACCCAGACGACAUGACUUCCUUGCCGGCAAUAGCUGCCAAGCUUCAAUCAUUGUUUGCGCUAGCACAAGAAAAGGUUGUCGACGCAGUAAGAGUUCCGAAUCCUCAGCUUGCAUUCAUUGCUCUUUUGAAGAUCUUUGUACAGUUGAAAGAUGAACGAUCCCGGGAUCGGGAUCGUCGGUACUCUGAAGCUGGCAAGAACGUGGAGAAUCCGAAGGAUGUGCUUGAAGGCAUGGACGAUAUGUUCGAGUUUGCCGAAUGGGCCUACGACGAACUACCCGACGAAAAGCCUCUGAGUGAAGCGCUAAAAGAGAAAGGCUUUACGUUGAUCCGCCACGACAAGGUUGCACUACCCGGGUCUGUUGCACACUACAUAGCCAUUUCGAAAGAACGCAAAGAAGCGUUAAUUGGCAUCAAGGGUUCAUCAAGUUUUGAAGAUCUACUGACGGAUUGCUGUAUGCAAGCUCAAUCAUUUGAUCUAAAGGAGCCGUUCAUUAAAGGCGGCCCGACCGAGAUUCGAGCCCACGAAGGAAUUAUGUUGGCUUCAAAGCGUUUGGCAGAUGAAGUUGAGGUUCUAGUAGAGGAAUUGCUACUUCCAAGUAAAUACAAACUAGUCAUAACAGGCCACAGCCUGGGGGCAAGCGCCGCCGCUCUGCUGGGAAUGCUGCUUCGUUCACGUUUCGCUCAGCUUCGCCAGGAGAACAGUAACCUGUUGAAAGUUUGGGCUUUUGCUUCUCCUCCAGUCCUGGACUAUGACGCAGCUUUAGCCUGUACUCCCUUCACAACGACGAUUGUCAAUAACUCAGACAUCAUCCCUCGAUGGUCACUCUCCAAUCUCCUGAUUGUCAUGGAGUACCUCAAAAAUGUUCACAACCGACUAGAGGAGCGCGGUAUGACCGCUAAAGAUUGGAAAUCAACGAAGUCUCUUUUUCACAUGUUAACUCAGAGCGAAGAAGAAGGUACUCCCAUCAUGACCAUGGACGAGAUUCGAGCAGCGAUGACAGCAGCCAACGCAAAAGUAGAACUGAAAGAUCCUGACCAUCUCUAUGUUGCCGGUCGCGUUAUUCAAAUGUACGACUUGUGGUCAAAAGAAGGAUACGGACAAGUGAGCGUCGCGGACAAAGAAGGUGCUCAUCCUUCGAAACUAUCAAACAACACAAUCCCAGAAACGGAGACGGAACAGAAUACUCGAACCGCCGAACGCGUCAAUGUAGACAAUGGCGCAUCAAGCAUACUGCGCUACAUUGAACUUGACUCGCGCAUGCUCACCGAUCAUCUUUCACCGGCAUAUCGAAGUAGUCUCAACAAUCUUCUUAGCUACGGGGCCGCCAAGAUGGAUGAGCUUGCCACAAUUCCGGCAGAGUUAUCUGACUAAUAAUUUCUUCAAAGUGGAAAGUAAACCAACAAGAAUGCUUGUUCUCGUUACCAAAUAGAUUAAAAGGAUUUUUCGGCAAGGGAAAACUCAUAGAAAAUGAUUUAUCUGCUUUC